UUUUCGGUUUCUGCUUACGACCGCAACUUUUGAUUUUGUAGUUUGUUUACCACGCGUUACUUGCAGGUCUCCAGUCUUUUGAAUCAUGGUCCUUGUUACGGUCUUGGCUAUUAAAAUUCCCAUUUCCUGCGCCUAAGCAGUUUUUGUUUGCAUUUUCUGAUAGCCGCCACCUGCUUCAGCGUUUUUGCAGACCGAGGCCAAGUCAAUAACGCUGGCAUCAUGGCGGCUGAAGAGUAUGAAGCGUUAAGCGAAGCUGACGAUCCAGAUGUUGCCUUCUUAUCCGGCAGCGAUGAUGUGGAAAUCCGUCCUGGCCGGUCAAAAAAAUCCCUACAAAAGCCCCGACGCGGCUCUAAACGUGCUUCCCACAAUGCGGGAUCAGCGCGAGCUGGUUCGCCUGUUAUUUGGAUUGUGCUGCUGUGUCUGCUGCUGGGUGGUCUAGUGAUAACGCUCAUUGUGAUAAUGUAUCAUCGCACGGGAGAUCUGACCAAAAUCACAUCGUUGCAUGAAGAAUUCCAGGAGGAUUCCGCGCACCCAGAUUCCGCAGCCUUGCCCAACCACGUGCAAUCUCACUCGAAUAUCAUCAGUCCAUCGAAAUCUCUUACGCACGGCAUCGCCAAAAACGGAUCACAGUGUGUUUGGCAUGCUAAACGCUUGCCGGAUACACUAGCGCCCAGGUUGUACGAUUUGAAUCUCCAUAUUGAUCUGACGGUGGAAAAUUAUACGGGAAUCGUCAAAAUUGAUUUUGAUGUGCUCAUACCGACGACAAUGAUCAUACUGCAUGGGAAAAAUUUGUCCAUCGGCAGUGCGGAGUUGAAGAGAUUUGAAGCUGCAGGACCAGCGGACAAAGGCGAAGGCAUUCCUAUUAAACGAAUCGAAAUCUGCAGGGAGUUGGAUCUGAUUGAAAUAUCCGUCGGUAGCACUUUGUUCGAGAAAUUCCGGUACAAUUUAGCGUUGCGGUUCAGUGCCAAACUCGGGCAGUCGACAGGUGGACUGUAUGUUAGUCAUUACCGCGAUGUUAAUGGACAGAAGAGAGCUUUAGCAGCAACUCAGUUCGAGCCCACAUAUGCGCGCUCGGCUUUUCCAUGUUUCGAUGAACCGCAGUGGAAAGCUGUUUUUCGCGUUAAAAUCCUGCAUGAUAAAGAUUUGACAGCCGUCUCGAAUAUGCCCAGAGAAAGAACGAGCGUUUCGAGGGUGGACCCUAACUUCUUGGAGACUGCGUUCAAAGAUACUCCAGUGAUGUCGACGUACCUGUUAGCAGUACUUGUCAGCGAUUUCGCUGUGGUUCAGGGCCAGAGAGAACCGAUAUCGGUGGAUUUACAUGUCAGCCAGAACAAAAUUAGUCAAACACAGUUCGCUUUGGAUGUCGCGGCUAAAGUGACAGAGUUUUUUUCAGAAUUCUUUGGAAUUUCCUAUCCGUUACCGAAAUUGGAUCUGGCCGCUAUUCCUGAUUUUGCCGCAGGUGCUAUGGAAAACUGGGGAUUGAUAACAUUUCGAGAAAAGGCACUUUUAUACGAUCCACAAGAAUCUGGACUAAACCAGAUGGAGUACGUUGCCACCGUUGUUGCUCAUGAAGUGGCGCAUCAAUGGUUUGGAAAUCUCGUGACCAUGGCUUGGUGGGAACAGUUAUGGCUGAACGAGGGAUUUGCCGCUUUUAUGGAAUAUCUGGGCGUUAAUUUUACCAACCCCGAACUGCUCGUUAUGCAGAAGCAUUUGGUAUCCGAUGUGCAAGAAGCAUUGUCUUUGGACAGUCUCUUAUCCACCCAUCCGGUGGUGGCAGCGGUCGAAGAUCCUGCAGAGAUAGUGGCACGCUUUGACGACAUCUCCUAUAAAAAGGGAUCAUCUAUUUUGUGGAUGCUUUUCGAAUCCCUGGGACAAGAUGUAUUUCGUCGGGGCGUCACGCAGUAUCUGAAGUCACAUAUGUAUAAAAAUGCGGAGACGAAGGCUUUGUGGGAGGCCUUGAACGAUGCUUGGCAGAAUACCACCGACGGAAGAAAUUUUGGACUGACAGUUGAAAAAAUUGCUAAUUCUUGGACUAUACAACCAGGAUAUCCGCUCCUAACGGCUUCUCGCACAGCUGAUGGCGUUCACAUCACUCAAACUCGUCUCGUACCAUUUGGUGAAAAUAUUACGUUUUCACCCAAGUGGUACGUUCCCAUCGCGUUGGUCACGUCUCUGGGUGGUCAGGAAGAUAAAUCCUGGAUGGCGGAAACAACCUUGGAUCUUAAAAUUCCCGAAAUGCAGCGUCCAGUGUGGUAUCGUCUGAAGCAAACGGGAUUCUAUCGUGUAACUUACGAUGGUGCCAAUUGGAAAGCUAUCAGUUCUGCUUUAAUGCGUGACCAUACCAAAGGAUUCACUCCUGAAGACCGUUCGACGUUAGUGGACGAUGCACUUAGUUUAUCCAAGUUAGGUCUUUUGAAUGUUACUUUCGCUUUGGACGUGGUUUCCUAUCUUAAAAAUGAGAAACAUUAUUUGCCGUGGAAAAGUGCAUCGCCCCUGCUUAAGGGAUUGGAAUCAUUGCUCUACGGCACAAGUUCUUUUCGUAAAUUUCGAACCUGGCGGAAAGAGUUAGUUCGUCCGGUUUUCGAGCAACUGGACUGCAAAAACUCGAACAGAAGCGAUAUCGCAAUGAGGCGCUUAUGCAUCCAAAUCUUUGAUGAAGCGUGUUAUGUAGGAGUGGAUGGUUGUAUCAAUUUGGCACUGGAAAUUUUCGCUCAACUGCGCAGAUCUAAUACGAGUGUUCCGGUCGACAUUCGAAAAUACGUUUAUCAAACAGUCGCGCGGCGUGGAACCGAAGAAGACUGGGAUUUCUUGUGGAAGCGCUACCUGACGACAACCGUGGCUUCUGAAAAGGACGUCAUUUUGCGAGCAUUAGGCAGUACGGAAAAUAUGGCGUUAAUUACACAAUUUCUACGCGACUCUUUGGAUGACAGCCUAGUCCGCCAAAGUGAUACGACAACGGCAGUGGCAGCACUGGCCAACAACUACGUUGCUAGAGAUCUUGUGUGGAAAACCAUUCGACAGAAUUGGAAUCUUAUAAUGAAACGGCAUGGCAGUGACUCUGCCGUUGCAAAUUUUCUGUAUUGUUUGGACUGGAUGAGUACACCAGAAGAUCUGCAAGACAUUAAGGAAUUCUUCGAGCAUCCUGGACGCAGCUUAGGCGCCGGGUUGCUGGCAUAUAAAGAAAUUCAAGAAAUCAUUGGCUUGCACUGGAAAUUUUUAAAAUUGUAUGGUAAUGAUAUCACUAAUUGGCUGGUUGCCCGUGGACUGUGAUCUGUAAAUAGAAUGUUUUAGCUUUUACCGAAAUUUAUGCGCCAGAAUGAAUCUCUCGGUUUGUUGUUGUUAGUCGUGUCUUCUUUUGUGCUUCCUUUGAAUGUAUUCUAGAACUGUUCGUGCAGACCGCAUUAUGUGACUGAUUUUCUACUGAUAAAAGUACAUUUAUCGGAUUUUAUUGCUUUGUAUCUUUUUAUGUUGUCAGAAUGUAAAAAAAGAUGGGAAAGUGUUCAAGGACAUGUGAAAAGAUGUUACAAUAAACCGUGCUGA